UCUUUAUUUACUCAUGUGCAAUGGUUCAGUUUACCGAAACGCAUCCUUUCGAUUAUACGGAUUAUUUUUCCACAGCUGCUCAAUUCUUGUACAAAUAUAAAUGGAUUUUUUGUUACAAUAACACCAAGUUUAUACGAUGUGGUGUACUUGAACAACUACCACGAAAAUGGAUUGAAGAUCUUAAUGCCUCAUCGAACGAGGAGUUCAACCAGAUACCUUUGGGCUACAUUAAGGACACAUGGAGUGAUUCAUUUCGAGACUUUCUGUUGCAAGUGAAAAGGCUUCAAGUUCAAUAUGAGAUGCAUGAUAAUAUCGAGCAGAAUGAUAUUAGCCGAAAGCAGACACGCAAAGGAAUCAAUGCCAAAAAGUCGUACGAAAUAGAUAACCUGUGUAGUUUCAUCCAGUUAGGGCAACCUUCAAGCGGUGCUACGAUCUACAUAGAUUUUGGAAGCGGUUUAGGCUAUCUGAGCGAACUUAUCCACAAACGAUGUGGUGUAAAAGUGCUUGGAAUUGAAGGAAAUGCCACACUUGUGCAAACAUGUAAUAACCGUUCUCCUGCUUGUACAACGAAAGCCGUACAAUAUUGUCAUCACUACAUAACGGAUGAUUCUUUCGGCUUUAUCGAACAGCAAUGCAAUGACCGUUUUGAUAACAAUCCUCCACACCGAGCUGCUGUAGUUGGUCUUCACGCAUGUGCCGAUCUGUCCAUUACUGCCAUUAACUGUUUUCUACGUUGUAAAUGGGCCAACAAUCUCACCAUAAUGCCCUGUUGCUACCAUCGUAUGAAACCAGUGGACGAAAAGACUCCAAAUGAAUUUCAAAAUUUUCCCCUUAGCGAAGAACUUCGAACCAUACUACUCGAUGGUAAACGAGAGAUAAUUUGUCGAUCUUUCUUACGGCUUGGCUGUCAGCAAACGGCUGCCCGUUGGAAAGCUCGUACCGUUGAGCAACAUCUCGAGCACGGCCGGAUAAUGUUUCGCCGUGGACUGAUUGAUGCCAUUUUGGAACGAAAUGAAUCGGUGCGAAUAGGUAAAAGUAAAGAUUUACCUGAAGAAAUAACCGUAGACAACAUGUUAGAACAGUUUAGCCUGGCCGAUGAAUCGGACCACAGUACGCCGGAGUGUCGUUGGACGGAUCGCCAUAGGGAGAGAAUGUCCGCCUUGUUAGAAAAGUAUGGAACUGAUGGACCGAAGCUAGCGGAAUAUUUAGAGUGCCUUCAAACUUGCCUACAGUCAGUCUGUGAGAAUGUGAUAUUGCUCGAUCGAAUGUGCUACAUGGAGAGGGUGGCCAGCCAGUCUGGGUUAAAAAUACGUCGCAAUCUAGUACGGCUCCGAGACGAUGGACUUUCCCCACGUUGCUUUAUAUUUCAUGCUUCGAAGGAACAAUAAAACGGUCACACACCGUUUGACGGUUUUUAUCAA